AUGCGUGGGUUCGAACCCCACCGGAUGCAUUCUUUUUAUACACUUCUUAUAUAUUCUCUAUUAUUCUAUUAUACUUAUCUAUAUAUAUCUAUAUGUUUAUUAUUAUCUUUAUUCUUUUUAUUAUAUGUAUCUUUUUUAUACUUAUACACUUCUUAUUAUAUAUCUUACUAUAUUAUCUUUACUUCUAUUAUAUAUGUUCCUAUUUAUACUUAUGUCCUACUUAUACUACUUAUACUACUUAUACUACUUAUACACCCUUAUGUAUAUGUAUGUACACCUUAUUAUGUCUUAUUCCUAUUCAUUUUCUUACUCUUUUCACUUUCUAUAUCCAAGCAUUCGUGCCCGAGUGGUCUAAGGGGGCCGUCUCAAGAACGGCUAUCGCAAGAUGCGUGGGUUCGAACCCCACCGGAUGCAUUCUUUUAUCUCCUCCUUAUAUACUCUCUAUUAUCCUAUUAUCCUAUUAUCCUUAUUAUCUCUCUUUUCUAUCCUAUAUCUCUCAUUUCUUCUAUCUCUAUUAUUACCUUAGGGGAUGUAGCUCAUUUGGUAGAGCUUUCGCUUCGCAUGCGAAGGGCAAGGGGAUCGAUACCCCUCAUCUCCAUUAUUAUCUAG